GGCCUCCAGUAGUUCAGCACCCAAGUCACGGAGAAUAUCAGAGAGAGCAUUGAGCAUGAAGGCUUCUGCUCAAGAGAGUAUUCAGCCUGCAAAGGGUAAGGGCUUUUGCUCAAGAGAGCAUUGAGCAUUAAGGCUUAUGAAGGCAAACCAAAAUAUGUCUGCUAAGCUCCUAUCCUUAGUCGUCCUGCUCCUUCUGAUCCAUGUGAGUGUCCCCUCGUCGUCUGCCGACGUCGGCCACCAGUUUAUUUACCAAGGUUUCGCCGCGUCGGACCUCGCGCUAAACGGGCUCGCCGCCGUGACGCCCGGUGGCCUCCUCGCGCUGACCAACGCCACAUUCCAGGCGAAAGCGCACGCGUUCCGCCCUGCCCCCGUCCACUUCCUCAACGCGUCCUCCUCCGCCGCGGCGGCGACGGCGCGGGCGCGGGCGCGGUCGUUCUCGACGUGCUUCGUCUUCGCCAUCGUGUCCGCGUACGAGGGGCUCAGCGACCACGGCCUCGCCUUCGUGGUCGCCCCGACCACCAGCUUCUCCGCGGCCAAGGCCGGGCAGUACCUGGGCAUCCUCGGCGCCAUCAACGGCACGGCGAGCGACCCCGUCCUGGCGGUCGAGCUGGACACCAUCCUGAACCCGGAGCUGAGCGACAUCGACAGCAACCACGUCGGCGUCGACGUCAACAGCCUCGUGUCGGAACAGGCCAUGCCGGCCGGCUACUACGACGACGCGGCCGGCGGCGCCAUACGGGAGCUGCAGCUGAACAGCCGGAAGCCGAUGCAGGUGUGGAUCGACUACGACGGCCAGGCCGGGCGGCUCGACGUGACGCUCGCUCCGGUGCGGGUGCCAAAGCCCAGCAGGCCUCUGGUCUCCACGGCCGUCGACCUCUCCACGAUCGUCGGGCGGGGCGGACCGAUGUACGUCGGCUUCUCCUCGGCGACGGGGGUCGUGGCCACGCACCACUACGUGCUCGGGUGGAGCUUCGGCUUGGACGGGCCGGCCCCGCCGCUCGACAUGUCCAAGCUACCCGUCCUGCCACGCGUGGGUCCCAAGCCUCGGUCCAAGGUGCUGGAUGUCCUGCUGCCGCUCGCCACCGCGCUGGUCGUGGCCGCAGCGCUCGCAGCCAUCUCCUUCGCCAUGUGGAGGCGGCGCCGGUUCGCCGAGGUGCGGGAAGACUGGGAGGACGAGUUCGGCCCGCACCGGUUCUCGUACAAGGACCUGUUCCACGCCACCAACGGGUUCGACGCCGUGAACUUGCUCGGCGUCGGAGGAUUCGGGAGAGUAUACAAGGGAGUGCUCCCAGCAUCACCCGCCCUGGAGAUCGCCGUCAAGAAGGUGUCGCAUGGCUCGAGGCAAGGCGUCAGGGAGUUUGUCGCGGAGGUGGUGAGCAUCGGCCGCAUUCGGCACCGGAACCUCGUGCAGCUGCUAGGCUACUGCAGGCGCAGAGGCGAGCUGAUCCUGGUGUACGACUACAUGGCGAACGGGAGCCUCGACAAGUACCUGUACGACCAACACGUGCCGGCGCUCUCGUGGCACGAGAGGUACCGGAUCAUCAAAGGCGUCGCGGCGAGCCUCCUGUACCUGCACGAGGACUGGGAGCAGGUCGUCAUCCACCGGGACGUGAAGGCGAGCAACGUGCUGCUCGACCACGAGAUGAACGGCCGGCUAGGCGACUUCGGCCUGGCAAGGCUGUACGACCAUGGCACCGAUCCGCAGACGACACACGUGGUCGGGACCAUGGGGUACCUCGCGCCGGAGCUCGUGCGCACGGGGAAGGCGACGCCCUCUACCGACGUCUUCUCCUUCGGCGUGUUCCUCCUGGAGGCCGCCUGCGGACGGAGGCCCAUCGACCGCGACCGGCAGGUCGUGCUGGUGGACUGGGUGAUCGAGCACCACCGCGAUGGCUCGGUCCUGGACGUGGUGGAUCCACGGCUCGUGGGGAAGUACGAGGCGGAGGAAGCGACGCUGGUGCUGAAGCUGGGCCUGAUGUGCGCGCACCCGUUGCCUAACGUGAGGCCCAGCAUGCGUAGGGUCGUGCAGUACUUGGACUCCGACCAGGCCGUUCCUGACCUGUCACCGAACUACACGAGCUACAGCAUCAUGUCACUGAUACAGAACGACGGGUUUGAUUCGUACAUCACGUCGUCCCACCCGUAUAUGACUAACAGCAUCGUUGUAUCCUCUGCAAGUGUUCUAUCACAAGGGAGAUGAUCGAUUUGUGAGAAAAAAAUGUAGCGCUUCCCCAUUUUGAAAUGGCAUAUAUUGAAUGCAAACACGCUAAGCAUUGUUUUA